AUGCUGUCUUCAUGCUGUCGUGGCAGCAUCAUGCUGUUUCUUCUCGCCGUCCUCUCGUCGACCCGCGCUCAGCUUGGGGCCUUUCGCCGCUCCGCUUUGCAAGAUGAUCUCGAAUGCACCGACAUAAACGCCUGCAGGCGGCUCUUCGACAUCGUCUGGGGCUGUCUGGUGACGAUCUUUCUCUGUAUAUGGGUCUCCGUCCACCCAAAUGUCCCGCCUCCCCGUCUCGCGCGACCACAGAAUGCAGCUGGGUUUCGAAGCUGGCUGAAAUGGCAGGUUGUCGGCAAGAAUGGACCGCUGCUGCGUCGGCUGAAGCUCAUGUCGGUGGCACUCAUUGCGCCUGAGCUCAUUCUUCGCUUUGCGGCCAGACAAUGCUUGAUGGCGCGGUCUUUCUCACAAGACUACGGGGUCCCGCUGACCCAUGGCUUCUUCAUCGUUAUGGGCGGCUUUGUCGAUGUUGAUGAACAUCCUAUUGUGACGAAGGAGCAACUGUCGACACCAAAUGUGGUGCAAGAAAUGCACGCCGUCAAAGAGUCCGACAUCGAUGACAAGAGCAAAGGGGACCUGUUCUCGAAAGGCAUUGCCCUUUGUCAAGGGCUUUGGUUUAUCGCCCAGUGCAUCGCACGAAGGCUGCAGCGGCUCCCUCUAACGUCGCUCGAAGUGGCCACAUUGUCAUUCGCGGUGCUCAACGCGCUGACGUGGCUAUUCUGGCUGGGUAAGCCGCUCGAUGUGCGCAAUCAAAUCAAGCUUCCUGUCCGCACCAGCCCCCCAAACCACACCGCCAGCCCUCCGUACCCCGCCAGCGCCUCGUGGCUCGACCGCUUCCUCAGUGUAUUCGUAAACGCCUACCACGAGGCCGACUACGAUCCCCUGUCCAACACGGCGGUUCCCACGUUCUGGUGCACCACCGUAUCCAAUUACAUCGACAUCCGCAACUCCACGCGAGCGCAUUGGCUGUCGUGGACGCUCACGGACGCGAUCCCGUUUUUGUCCGGGACGCUGUUUGGCGGCAUCCACUGCCUCGCGUGGUGCGCCGCGUUCCCUUCCCCUGCCGAAAUGUGGCUCUGGCGUAGCUCCGCGCUGGUACUAACUGUGGCACCCCCGGUCUUCCUCGCGGCCUCGCUACUGUAUACCAUUUCUCCGGAGGGCAUGCUGGGCUUUGUCGGUGUGUAUUCGGUUGCGCGGGGCAUCCUCCUGGUGUUGCCGUUGUCCGCGCUGCGACUGCUCCCACUGGCGGCAUUCAGAGAUGUAGAUUGGAGUGUCUAUAUUCCCCACUUGUAG